ACAACGCCCAAGAAUUUAAGGUGAAAAGGAAAAUAAUUCUUUGAAAAGGAAAAUUAUAGUUUUAUUACAAGAGAAAUUUAAAAAAUAUAUAUUGUAAUAUAAUUUCACGUGAUUUUUAAAAUUUAAUAGAAUUUGUUUAUCUUGAUUUUACUUGCAAUUUUUGUUGUAUUGCGUAUCUAAAGGAUUUGCAAUUUUUUAAUAUUUACAAGGGAAAAAAUUUAAAAUAAAAUUAAAAUAAAAUGCAAACAAUAAAAUGUGUUGUUGUUGGAGAUGGAGCUGUUGGUAAAACAUGCCUUUUAAUAUCAUAUACAACAAAUAAAUUUCCAUCAGAAUAUGUUCCAACCGUUUUUGAUAAUUAUGCAGUAACAGUAAUGAUUGGUGGUGAACCAUAUACAUUAGGAUUAUUUGAUACAGCUGGUCAAGAGGAUUAUGAUCGUUUAAGGCCGUUAUCAUAUCCACAAACAGAUGUAUUUUUGGUAUGCUUUUCUGUUGUUAGUCCCAGUUCCUUUGAAAACGUUAAAGAAAAGUGGGUACCAGAAAUAGCACAUCAUUGUCAGAAAACACCAUUUCUGUUAGUUGGUACACAAAUUGAUUUACGUGAUGAAACCAGUACGUUGGAAAAAUUGGCUAAAAAUAAACAAAAACCGAUCAGUAUGGAAGCAGGUGAAAAAUUAGCUAAAGAAUUAAAAGCUGUUAAAUAUGUUGAAUGCUCGGCCUUAACACAGAAAGGACUUAAAAAUGUUUUUGAUGAAGCAAUAUUGGCUGCCUUAGAGCCACCAGAACCAUCAAAGAAAAGACCUAGGUGUAAACUUCUUUAAACUUGUUGUUAUAUAAAAAAAAAAACAUGAUACACGUAAUUUACAUUUAAUAAUUGCAAAAAAAUAAAAAUAAAAACAAAAAAAAAAUUAAAUUAAAAAAUGUUGUCAUUAAAAAUAAAAAAUCUUCCUAAAAAGUAAGAAAAAGAAAACACAACACACCAAUACACGCAAUUAAAACAUGUAAAAUUCAUAACACAUUCACAGUUUGUUAAAUAAAAAAGAAAAAUCGUAAAACAAUCUUGUAAUAUAAAUAAAAAAAAAAAAUAAUUAAAAUACCGGUGAAAUAGAAUAAUAAAUGUAAUGAAUUUUUUUUUUAAAUUUAAAAAUAAAAGCAUUUGUACUACAAUUUAGUAAAAAAAACUUACAGUACAAGAUUUAAUUAUAACAAUAAAAAUUAAAAAUAUUUGAAAUAAAUUUAAAGGGAAUAUUUUUUCAUUUAUAGCAUAUUUUAAUAACGAUGUAACAUUAAAUUACUAUAGAAAUACUGUAAUUAUUUAUUAAUAUUUUUAAUAGUGAUAUUUUUGUCCUAUACAAACAAAUGUUUAAAUUGAAUUAAAACUAAAUUAAAAUAUCUGCUCUGGAUUAUUAUGUAUAUAUUGGGAUGGAGCAUUUUAUUACCGUAAUAACAUAAACUUUAAGAAAUUUAAUAAAAUUUGAGAAAUAAUCGGUAAAUAUUUUAAAUUAGAUAUAAUGUAAAUUUUUUUAUUACUUAUAUUAUGUAUUUAUUACGUUAAGUAAUAAUAGUAAAUUAUAUUAUGUAGUUAUUUAAUUUUCACCCAUAUUAUUUUACACAAUAAAUAUAUGUCUUAAAAAAAAAUUAAAUAAAAAAUUUUGUAAUUUUCAAGGUUGAAAUUAUUUGGAAGUCUAAAAGGUAUUAAAAACCUUAACACAUUUCAAUAAUACAUCUCAGCUGAUACGCCUAAUAGAAUAUGAUUUUUUUAAAAGAUAACAGAAAUGUUAAAAAUGGUAUGAAAAAAGCUGGGAUUUAAUUCAAUCAUGUUGAAAAUUUGUUAAAUUAUUCAAUAUUAACAAAAUAAAAUUAAAUUUAAAAAUGAGAAAGAGAAGAUUAGGAUGGAAUUAUUGUUUGCAUUCUACCAAUAAAAAAUUAUUAUAUUGGGAUAAUUAGAAAUUUUAUUAUUUUUGUUAAUGUUUUAAAACAAUUUUAUGUUUCUGAUUAAAGUUUUAUUAAUUUUUAACUGAUUUGUAAGUGAAACGAAACUAACUACAUAUAUACAUGUAGAUUUUGAGGAAUUUACCUAUAAACUAAAAAAAUUCAUUUUUUAGAAAACAAAUUGCAAAGCACUUCACUUACAAAUUUAAGUUAAAACACAAUGCUUUCAAAAGUGGUUUCAAGAUGUUAUACUUAAAAGCAUUUUGUUUGUGGUCCGUUUUUCUAAGUUGACCAACAUUAUAAUUCGGCUUUCAUCGUUAAACAUUUAAUAAAAAUUCCUUUUACAAUAAUUUAUUUCAAAUUUUUGUUUUUAAUUUUUAUUCCAUUUUUUUUAAUGUACUGUAAGUUUUAAAACAUAGCAUUAAUAAAAAACAAAAUUGUAAUAAUCACUAUUGUAAGUAAAAAAAAAAUAAAAGAUAAAACAAAAACCUCAAAAAAAAUAAUAUUAAAAAAUAAUUAUUAUUAUUAAAAUAAAAAAAGAACAUUAAAACAACAAAAAUAUAAAAUAUAAUUUCGUAUUGAUGCUAUUUUGCACAUAAAAAUUUUACAAAAUCUAAAAUAAAUUUAUAUAUUUAUAUUAUAUACUUACAAUGUAUGCA